AUGAUCGAGGAGCUGACCUUGCGCGGCGGUCAGGACGAGUACAUCGACGCCAGCUCCAACGCCAACUACGUCCUUGCCUGUGACUAUCGCAUCGGUUACGACGAGAACAUUCUGCAAGUCCGCUGGCUCCGCUACGGGUCCCCGGUCUACGUGUGGAGGGCCAGCAGCAACAACCCAUCAGGUAGGAUCGAGGUUCUGAUUGGUCGAGAGGACGCGAGUGAAAGGGUUUGGGGGAUGACAAGCAUACGGUUCAAGGUUGAUAUUGGUACAAUGUCGGAGCCGUUGCUGGGUCUCGUCGACACCUACCCGACGAACGACCCUCACAAUCUCCACUUCACUCGCCUGGAAUACAGUCUAGCCGGAAACUACACGUGUGAGGUCGUGACCCAAGAUUCGUCGGAGAGGGCGUCGUAUGACCUUCAUGUCGUAGCGAAGAAGGCGACGAAGUCCCGAGCGCCUGACGACGUCAAAUACAUCACUGACUACGAAGACGAGGAGACAGAGGUCCACUUCGAGAACGCCAAGUGCACGCUGGUCUGGAGCUUCCGCACGCCCGCCAUCUUCCCGCGGCCCAACAUCACCUGUGGCUAUUUCUCCCUCAUGAGCAACGAGGUCGAGGAACGUCUUCCCGCGGGACUUACCAUGCACCAGUUCAGCAACGGGUCCUGGCAGGCGUCCUUCGAGAACACGCACGUCCAGGUCGCCGAUAUCCCGAAGGACAUGAGGCUGGGCUGCACCGUCAAGGUCCCCAAGACAUCCUACAAGGAGGUGGUGAUGCCCGAGGACGACUUUCGCGUGGAUAGCCUCAUCGACUCGGCCGGGUGCCCUAGCCUGGAGUUCGAGGACGCCGAGGUCCUGGUCAGCAUAAGCGACGCGACCACAACCUGCAGGGGAGACUACCUCUCGAGCACCAGGGACGAGCCAGCGAUCGCCAGACUCAGGUGUCCUCCGGGUCAUGAGGCUGUGUUCCGGAACGGGGAGACGCGGAGGCAUUGGGUCCAGGAACUUUCCUGCUUGACUUACGAACAGACGUGGAGGUCGCUGGUGAACGAGGACCAGCCUUCUCUUGGGGAGAUGUUCAGCGCCGAGGAUUUACCUACUUGCCAUUUAGUUGUGAACGCCGGUUACUCAGUAGCCUCCCAAAUCUGGACCCUCGCUUUGACCACAGCGUUGGCGCUGGCACUCGCUCACAAUCUUUGAUCCAGUUCGUGAAGCAUGUAAUGGCGAGGAAUAUCGAGCCAGUGGGGACACUAUAAGAGAGAGAGAGAGAGAGAGAAAGAGAGAGAGAGAGAGAGAGAGAGAGAGAGAGAGAGAGAGAGAGAGAGAGAGAGAGAGAGAGAGAGAGAGAGAGAGAGAGAGAGAGACUGAAAAAGCUUCUGUCUGAAAGUAGAUGUUAUAUUACAAUGGCUUCGUUUCUUCACCUGAAACUGUAAAUGAACCUCUAGAGUUGAACCCUAGUAAAGGCUGAUCCAGGAAACAACCAAUCCUACAUGCCCAUGUCACAAUGGUUGUAAACGUAGUGCAGCUGUUGGAUUUUUUUUUGCCGGGCCGUCUGUGGAUCUGAUACUGAUUGUUAUCUACUUAGUGAAUAACAGAAACGUAAUAACAUACAGUCCGAGAGAUUCAAGUGAAGAAAGACGCUCUGAAAAGUAUCGCACGAGUUGUUUAUAACAAAGAAGGCAUUAGAAUCAUCCUCACAGGAUCGAGAACCUCCAUCCAAAGGCAUCAGGACACCGAUCUUCUUAUACCGUGCGAUAUCUUAUACUUUGCGAUUGUAGUUAAGCGCCGUUGAAUCCCUGACCGCCUCAGAAGCGAGACAGUAAACCGAAGUGCAAGAGGAAACACGUGAUUUACAAGUGAUUGUUAGAGAACUUAUUCUAAACUGCCAUAUAUUUUUAAGGUGUUUUCUUUGUAUGUUUCUGUGUCCUUUGGUUUCGAUUUUUUGCGUCUGAAUGAUAUGUGUUGUAACGGAAAGUCAGUUCAAUUUUCCUUGCUAGUUAGACAGCGUGUACUGUAUAAUAUAAAGAGCGAUUUUUUUAAGUAGCAUGCAUUUUUUGUCUGUGGGAAAGAGUCGGAGAUCUGUUGUAGCCUUGGUUUAUUCCAGCCAGGGAUUUCUUAGCCUAUCCCUCUUACAGAAAUGGAGUGCAACAUUUAUCGGGUCAGCCGUCGAGCAGCCAGCCGCCUCCACCAAACGAUGUUUUUUUUUUUUCUCUGGGGCACAGAGUGUGUCGUACUAUUUCACAGGCUUUAAAUCGAACCAUAAAACAUUCUGAUACAAAUAUUUUUCUUACAGUUUUGCUGGAUGGAUUAAGAUAUGCAUUCUACAAUAGGUCUUGCCAACUUUAUUUGCUACACGUGCAUAAAUACACUCCUUUAUAUAAACAUAUACGUGCACACACACACACACACACACACACACACACACACACACACACACACACACACACACACACACACACA